AUGAAGAUCAUUUGUUGGAAUGUGAGGGGAGUGAGUUCCCAAGGCUCCCUUCACAGAUUAAAAAACUUGGUGAGGUUACAUAAACCAAGAGUGGUCUGCAUCUUAGAGCCAUUCAGGGAAACUGACAAAAUCAAAGAGCUUGCCUUUAAAAUUGGUUGGGGAGGCAAUAGAUGUGCAGGAAAUGAAAAUAUUUGGAUCCUUUGGGACAGUGGAACAAAGGUGCAAGUUGAAAACAUGAGCGAGCAGAUGAUAACAAUAAAAAUGGAAAUGGCUGAAUUCAACACAGAUGCAUUCAUUUCAUUUGUGUAUGCAAGUUGCAAUAGAAGAUUGAGGCAGGAGCUUUGGGAAAAUAUAGGAAGAAUAGCUGAGGAUUAUGAGGAGAAUAUGUGGGCAGUCAUGGGGGACUUCAACUGCAUCUUAAGGCCAGAAGAAAAGAAAGGGGGGAAUGCCUAUGACCUAAAUAAGAGCAGAGAAUUCCAAGUCUGCCUGGAUCAUGCUGAGCUGAGAGAAGUAAACUUCUAUGGGAAUAACUUCACUUGGUGGAAUGGGAGAUCAGGGGACCAAGCCAUUUGGGUGAGACUGGACAGAUGUGUGGUCAAUGAUAAGUGGGAAACAGCAGCUCAAACACAUGUGCACCAUCUGUCUAAAAGCACCUCAGACCACUCCCCUCUUUUGGUGGCUAUUGAGCCGCACAUAAGGAUAGGAAGGAAGCAAUUCUCAUUCUUGAAUGUGUGGUGUGAGCAUGAACAGUUCUUGGGAAUUGUAAAAAAAGUGUGGAGUGAAGAGGUGGUGGGAAACUCAAUGUACAGAUUUGCCACAAAGUUAAAAAAGACAAAAAGAGUGUUGAAAAAUUGGAACUGGGAAGUGUUUGGAAACAUAUUUGAAAAAGUCAAGUUGUUGGAGGAGAGGGUGAGGGUGUGUGAGGAGGUUUUACAGGGCUGUGUGAGUGAGGGGAAUAUGUUGGAGUAUAAAAAAGCACAAGCUGAAUUGCAAAAACAAGUUAGGAUAGAGGAGGGGUUUUGGCAACAAAAAGCACACUCUCAAUGGGUGGUGGAUGGAGAGAGAAACUCUAAAUAUUUUCAUGGGAUUGUGAGAGAGAGGAGGAGGAAACAGUUCAUUCACAAAAUAAGAGGGGAUGGAGGGCAAUGGGAGUCUGAACAGGAGAGAAUAGAUGAAAUGGCUGUUCACUUCUUCCAGAGGUUGUACUCUGAAGAGGAAAUUCAAGCUAACCCCCUAGUUUAUGAUUGUUUGCAGGAAAUGGUUACAGAUGAGGAAAAUGCUAAACUCAUAGCUAUCCCCUCAGAAGGGGAAAUAAGGAGUAGUGCGUUUAGCAUGAGUACUUCAAGUGCAGCAGGCCCAGAUGGAUUUGGGGGAGGCUUUUACCAAAGCUGCUGGGACAUAAUCAAAGCUGAUCUCUGUAAGUUGAUACAAGAUUUCUUUACUGGGAAAACACUAACAAAAGCUAUAACCCAUACUGCAAUAGUUCUCAUUCCUAAGGUCUCUAAUCCAGCAUGCUUUGCAGAAUUUAGACCCAUCAGUCUGAGUAACUAUUGCAGUAAGGUCAUCACAAAACUUCUGGUUCAAAGACUUGCAGAUGUGUUGGCAAGAGUUAUUUCCCCCUGGCAGGCAGGAUUUGUCAAGAAUAGAAAUAUUACUGACAAUAUCUUGCUUGCACAGGAGAUGUGUCAUGGAAUCUCAGUCUCUAAUCAAGAUGUGGUUUUAAAGCUUGAUAUGAUGAAAGCAUAUGAUAGAAUGUCAUGGUCCUGUGUGAAAAAUGUGCUUAAGAGGUUGGGAUUCUAUGACACUUGGAUUCGCUUAGUUGAUAGAACAGUGAAUAAUAUAUGGUAUUCUGUGGUUGUGAAUGGCAAUCAAAGAGGUUUCUUUCAUGCCACUAGAGGUUUGAGGCAGGGUGAUCCUUUAUCACCCAACCUCUUUAUCAUUGCAGCUGAUCUUUUGGCCAAACUGAUAGCGAAAAAUGGGGCCUCAUUCUCUCAGCCAAGAGAGGGCCCCCAAAUCCAUCACUUAGCAUUUGCUGAUGACAUGGUCAUAUUCACUUCUGGGAAAGGCAAAACACUUGAAAUGACCAUGGAAGCAAUUAGGGACUAUGAGAGCCAAUCAGGCCAAUUGGUGAGUAGAGAAAAGAGUGCUUUCUAUAUGCACCCAAAAAUAAGAGAGGAAGCUGUGAGGAGAGUGAAAAGGCUGACUCGCUUUAACAAUAAAGAAUUUCCUUUCACAUAUUUAGGUUGUCCUAUCUAUGUGGGAAGGAAAAGGAUUGAUCUGUUCACCAACCUUAUAACAAAAUUCUCUAUCAAGUGUAAAGUGAACCCUCCAAAGGCAGUGGUGACAAAGCUGGAGAGAAUGUUAGCUGAUUUCUUCUGGGGAAGGAUUGAUGGAAAGGCUAAGUAUCACUGGAGCUCUUGGCAAAACCUGGCCAAGCCAAUAGAGGAGGGUGGUGUGGGGUUCACAAGAUUGGGUGAAAUUGUGGAGGCUUCUGGCAUCAAGCUGUGGUGGAGGUUUAGAACUGAGAAGUCACUCUGGGGUGACUUUCUGAAAUCAAAAUACUGUCAGAAAGUCCACCCUGUGAGUAAGUCUUGGCAGAAUGGGGAUUCCCACAUAUGGAAGAGGAUGCUAGAAGCAAGGGAGAGGGUAGAAAAAGAGAUUGUCUGGGAUAUUGGUAGGGGGGAGGUGAACUUUUGGUGGGACAACUGGACAGGGAAGGGGGCUGUGGCCUUGCUCUACAACAUAAGGGGAAGGCACAAGCUCGAGAAAGGCUGUGUGACUUCUGGGAAGAGGCGGGAUGGAGGAUGGGAAAUAUGA